CAAAGAAACAAGUGCUCAAAAACAAAGAAGCAGCAUUGCACUACCAACAAUCAAAACUAUUCUUGUUGACUCUUAAACCAAAAGUCCCUAUAUCCUCAAUAUCACACACAUCCUCAUCAUCAACCUCCAUAAAUACCUCACACCACUCAAUCAAAAUCCUCAAACAGUAACACUAACACUAACAAAUCCUCACACACACAUAGCCACUAAAAAAAAACACAACAAAAACAUCAUCAUGUUACCACUAAUACUCACAUUAUUCCUUCUGUAUCCAUUUUCAACACAAUCAACAACAACCUCAAUCAACGUAUGGCCCAAACCAACAAACCUCACGUGGACCCCACCACACCAAACCACACUCCUCUCUCCAACAUUCAUCAUCACCACCACCACCACCUCACACCAAAACAACCACCUCUCCGCCGCCAUAUCCCGCUACACAAAACUCAUCAAAACAGAAAACCACCGUCCUUUAACCCACCCCAAAACAAACCUCUCCAUCUCCCUCAACAACAACCUCCCUCCUCUACAAUCCCUAACACUAACCGUAACAAACCCAAACGCAGAACUCACCCACGCCACAGACGAAUCCUACACGCUAACAAUCUCCACUCCCAACGCAACUCUCACAGCCUCAACAACAUGGGGAGCAAUGCGCGGGAUGGAGACUUUCUCACAGCUGACCUGGGGGAACCCAACGCGCGUCGCAGUUGAAGUGCGUGUCACCGACGCGCCGCUGUUUGGUCAUCGAGGUUUGACGCUGGAUACCUCGAGAAACUAUUAUCCGGUGAAGGAUUUGUUGAGGACUAUUGAAGCGAUGAGUAUGAAUAAGAUGAAUGUGUUUCAUUGGCAUAUAACGGAUUCACAUUCGUUUCCGUUGGUGGUUCCGUCGGAGCCAUUGUUGGCGGAGAAAGGGGCUUAUCAUGUUAAUAUGGUUUAUACGGUAGAAGAUGUGAAAAGGGUUGUUGAGUUUGGUCUUGAUCGCGGUGUGAGAGUGUUGCCGGAGAUUGAUUCGCCUGGGCAUACAGGUUCUUGGGCCUUAGCUUACCCUGACAUUGUAACAUGUGCUAACAUGUUCUGGUGGCCAGCUGAGAGUGAUUGGCCGAAUCGUCUUGCUUCCGAACCAGGAACAGGUCAUUUGAAUCCUUUAAACCCCAAGACCUACCAAGUCCUAAAGAAUGUCAUACGCGAUGUAACCACGAUGUUCCCAGAACAAUUCUACCAUUCUGGUGCUGAUGAAGUCAUACCAGGUUGCUGGAAAACCGAUCCAACAAUUCAGAAAUUUCUAUCAAACGGCGGAACUCUCAACCAAGUUCUCGAGACAUUUAUCAAUAACACUCUCCCGUACAUUGUAUCCCUCAACCGCACCGUUGUCUAUUGGGAAGACGUUCUUUUAGACGAUACAGUCCAUGUUUCACCGACUAUUCUCCCUAAAGAACAUGUCAUUUUGCAGACAUGGAACAAUGGACAUGACAAUACUAAAAGGAUAGUAUCUUCUGGUUACCGUGCCAUCGUGUCGUCAUCCGACUUCUAUUAUCUUGACUGUGGACAUGGUGACUUCACCGGAAACAACAGUGCUUACAAUAACCAGACAGGAAGUGACGCAAACAAUGGUGGCUCUUGGUGUGGACCUUUUAAAACAUGGCAAACUAUAUACAAUUAUGAUAUAACAUACGGACUGACAGAAGAAGAAGCGAAAUUGGUUUUGGGCGGGGAGGUAGCAUUAUGGUCAGAGCAAGCGGAUGAAACUGUUCUGGAUUCACGAAUUUGGCCUAGAACUUCUGCUAUGGCUGAGUCAUUGUGGUCAGGUAAUACGGAUGAAAAGGGUAUGAAGAGAUACGCCGAGGCAACAGAUAGAUUGAAUGAAUGGAGGAGCAGAAUGGUUAACAGAGGUAUAGGAGCUGAGCCUAUUCAGCCACUUUGGUGUGUUAGGAAUCCUGGUAUGUGCAACACAGUACAUCCAAUUUAAGGGUGUGUUUGGAAAACUUAAAAAUCAUGGUGGACAAUCACGGUGGAACAGAAGCUAUACAUAUCAGCUUCUCAAAAUCACAGUGAAAAAGACCUCAAAACGUGCUACCAAACACAGAAAACUUAUAGUAGUUAGUUUAAUUGGAAGUUGCAUUCUUCUUUUGAGUGCUGUUGUGUGAUCCUACAGAAAACAUAUUGUUUCGUUGGGAGAGAUUGUAGUUGUCAAACAGUAUUACAUGUAUUUGAACAUUAAAGUUGAAAAACCAAAUGAAUAUUUUUGAUUGUUUUCAUGAGUUUGAACA